AUGCGGAAAUUCGUAUUUAAGCCUUUUAAAGGCGACAGCACGCCUUCGCCAGAUGAUUCAAUUGCAUCUCAGAACCCGGUACAAAGACGAAGAGAGCAAGUUCGCAGGGCACAAAAGACCCAUCGCGAGCGAAAAGAAGCAUAUACUGCGUCUCUGGAAAGCGAAGUCGUGCGUCUCCGCGCCACUAAAGCACGCCUCGAGACGGAGGCGAAAGCACUGUUUGCUGAGAACACUGCGCUCAAGCAAUACUUAAAUCAGCAUGGCAUUGCGGUGCCAAUAGGACUGACAAGAGAUCAGCAUGUCAUCCCAAACAAUAGCAGCAACGGUAGCCCCGGGUAUUCUUCUUAUUCUUCUUCUGCCUCUCCCCCUUCUUCUUCAGACACAGCGCCCGAUGAUACGCUUGUACUGUCCGUGACGCAAGAAGACUCCACGAGCAAGAAGCGCAACUGGCGAAAACAAGUCUUUGUCCACCAGACAUGUCAGACAUACCAGACCAAGUCUUCCUCUCCUCAAUCCAUCAGGGCACCAUUUGUCUCGCCGCCCUCAUCCGGCUCCGCAACCCCCAACAACAGCAUAUCCACGACCAUUACUAAAGCCUCACUCGGCAGCCUCGACCCGGAAAUCGUCGGCAUGGACUUCGUGUUAACCCUGGAAUCCCCUUGUCUCUCCCAUAUCGACGUGCCGCCCACAUCACCGCUCCUCUCCUCAGACACGUCGUCGUCGCUAUCCAGCCCGCCUACUUCCGCAUCCACAGGUACCUUUUCCCCGCUCAACACCGGCCACGCACUUACGCUCUCCGCCUGCGUACUGCAUAACCACCCAUCGCCGCCAGGCCAACGCCAGCACUCACACCAGCCCUGGCGAGUUCCGCGCGCAAGCCUCGAGCAGCUUCUCGCAUUGUCAGCUGCAAUUCCACUCGGCGACACUGAAGUCACGCCCGUGCAGGCGUGGGAGUACGUCAGGCGGCAGCAGGGCUUUGCGGACCUCGAGGUGGCGCGGUGGGAGGCGCUCAAGGAGAAGCUGGUCGAAGGCAUCAAGUGUCAUGGGUUUGGCGGCGUCGUAGAGAGGCAGUUGCUGGAGAAUUCCGUAUUUGAGGCGUUUGUUGUGGGAAAGGUGUUUUGA